UACAUACCGAAAAAUAAUUCUGUAAUUUUUCUUUACUUUUAAGCAACGAACAAUAAAAUGACGUCGAAUUUUAGUGGAGCGUUACAAUUAACAGAUUUAAACGACUUUAUCGCGCCAUCACAAGAAUGCAUUAAACCUGUAGAGGUAAAAAAGUCAAUUCCCAAAAAAGGCUUGAGCAAAAUCAAAGUUUCGAACGAUGGGAGUUACAUGGAAGUAGAUACUUCGGGAAAAUCAAAGAAAUUACAAAAAGCUGAGAUCACAUUGAACGAUUGCCUUGCGUGUAGUGGAUGCGUAACAUCUGCCGAGACCGUUCUCAUUGCAAUGCAAAGUAAAGAUGAGUUUUAUAAGGUUUUAAAAGAAAACAAAGAAACUUCGCCGGAGAAACGAAAAAUCAUCGUAGUGUCGGUAUCUCCGCAAUCUCGCGCCUCCAUUGCUGCUAAGCAUAAACUGGAUGUGAGGAAAGCAGGGAAGGCUAUCGACGCUUUCUUCAAAAGCUUGGGUGCAGAUAUUGUGUUGGACACAACGUUCGCAGAGGAGAUAGCUCUUGUUAAAACUGCUGAAGAAUUUAUACAAAGAUAUCGGGAUAAUCAGUCAAAGAAAUCUCUCCCCGUGUUGACGUCAUCCUGCCCUGGGUGGAUUUGCUAUGCAGAGAAAACUCACGGUGACCUCACUUUACCAUAUAUCAGCUCUGUGAAGUCUCCACAGCAAAUCCUGGGGUCUCUCGUGAAAGAAACCGUCUCAUCCCACGUGAAUAAAACUCCCGAUAACGUGUAUCAUGUAACAGUGAUGCCAUGUUAUGAUAAAAAGUUGGAAGCGUCGCGCCAGGAUUUUUAUGACGAUAUUUAUUCCACACGAGACGUUGACCUUGUGCUGACCUCGGGUGAAGUUGAGGAAAUGAUUGCCGGGGAAUGCGGGACGAUGGAUGAUCUUAUCGUUAAAGUAGAUGCGAUUAACAACAAUGCAAGCAUUAUACCCCCUCAACUAAAAGCAGCCCGAUUAGAUACGGACGAACCCCUAAGUCACGGUGGGGGAGGGUCGGGUGGUUACCUGCAUCAUGUUUACAAACAUGCAGCUCAACAAUUGUUUGGUGUAAAGGUGGAGGAAGUGGUUUAUAAACCAGCAAGAAACAAUAAAGAUUUCCGCGACGUGACGCUGAAAGACGCGGAUGGUAAAAUCCUCCUCAACUUUGCAUCAGUUUACGGGUUCCGAAGCAUCCAGAACCUCGUGCAGAAGAUGAAGAGAGGGAGAUGUAAUUAUCAUUUCGUGGAAGUUAUGGCGUGUCCGUCAGGCUGUUUGAACGGGGGUGGCCAGAUCAAGGCACCAGGUGGUGACAGAGAGUUGCAAAAAGAUAUUUUUUCAUCGGUGCAGAUUGCAUUUAACGAGAUCCCACCAACAGAAGCAAGAGAAGACUCAGCUGUCAAUCAGACUAUUAUGGAUUAUGACAUCACAAAGUCAAAACAAUUAUUCCACACCCAGUAUCACGCUGUGGAGAAAGAUGAAACUUUGUCACUUAAUGUGAAAUGGUGAAACUUUAUAAUAAAUUGACGCGGAAGAUUUUGAGAUUUAUUAUUGGCUGUAUGGGUAAUAUGGGGGCUUUAAACUUAUAAUAGGGCCUUUUCUCUCUUACAUAAUUGCAACAUUAGGAGGCAUUUUUUAAACUGAAAACUUCAAACAUUUUUUGAACUGUCUUAAUUAAAUUUACGGUUUACUAUACAUAAAAGAAGACUAUUCGUUGGGCAUGAUUUUUGUUUGUAACAUAUUUCGUACCACUUGAUCGUGAUUUUUAUUUCGUUACAAGAAUCGUCCAACUGCAUGAGCACUAGGCUUGCGCAAGAUUCAAAUAACUCAUUACAGUUAUUUACCAA